UAAAAAAAAAAAAAUAAGUAUGACAUAUUUUCCAGAUCAAUUGUUCACACAGGAUACACUCAUUUUGCUCCAUAUGCUCCAGUUUUUCUGUUACGCGCUACGUGCUAUUUAUUUAUUUAUUUUUUGUUUUUUGGCAAGGGUCGUUUUGCUAGGCUAGGAGGUAGUUUCUAGCAAGUCACGUUAAUGGUGGAAAAACUUUAAUUACUGCUCCAUUGUAAUUGCAGUAAGUCUUCGGACAGCCUCCCCAACUGGACAAAACAACUUUAACAGGAUAACAGUGGCAUCUAAAGGCCCUUUGACUCUACAACAUGCAUCCCGUGCGCUCCGUGUCUCACGCAGUCCUGAGUGUUUAAUCUCCCGUAAUUACACAGAUUUGCUUAGGUUAAUAAAAAUAAUCCGCCUAAAUUGAGACCCCCUACCUCGACCUCCCCUGUGCCUCCUUUGCCCCUUUCUGUGAGGGAUCAAUUUGCCGUCAUAUAAAUAGUGUGAAGCCCAACUUUGAUUUAGGAGCAUAGCGGAAAGCCGGGCUAGCCGAAGAGGUGCCGACGCUUUGCGAAAAUUCGGUGUUUCGAAAAAGUCGCCGCGUUUAACCUCACAGACUGACGUCAUUUCCACGCCGUAGAGAUCGUGUUGCCGAUGAGCGCAUCAAGGUUAACGACAGUUGAGAGGCUCAUCUUUAUCUGUGAUCUUGUCAACGCUACGACUCGGACGAAAGCAGCCAGGGGUGAGAUAUCGGGCCAUGCUGUAAAAGCCCAACUUUUCCAAAGACCGCAAAGAAUUUUUCACGUCUCAUCUCAAAGGUACAAUUUGUCAGUCAUGAGUGCCAGUUAUUUAACACCGGAGAUGACGACGGAAGACAGGAGCGGCCGAGAGCGACUCGGACUGAGCUUCACCAUCGACUACCUCCUGUUCAACAAGGGAGCCAAAGAUUCGGCGAGAGAAGCGACGGCUGAGCGGACGUUGCUCGAUCGUCACGAACCCAAAGAGGUGGUCGCCGUACAGGAGAGGUCAGCAGAGACCGCAGAAAGGGACGUCAGAGGAGAGGAGGGGGAUGGAGAGCAACGAGAGGAGGGGGAGGAGGAGGUGACCACUACCACUAUCGCCACGUCCGACGAAAAACCCAACCAGUCGUACAUCGCGCUCAUCUCCAAGGCCAUCCUGGCGUCGGAGCAGAAGAAGCUGCUGCUGUGCGACAUCUACCAGUGGAUCAUGGACCACUACCCUUACUUCAAAAGCAAGGAUAAAAACUGGAGAAACAGCGUGCGCCACAACCUGUCCCUGAACGACUGCUUCAUCAAAGCUGGACGUAGCGAAAACGGCAAAGGCCACUUCUGGGCUGUCCACCCAUCAAACUACAAGGACUUUUCCAACGGGGACUACCAUUGCCGGAGGACGCGACGGAGGGUCCGCAGGGCGGCCGGGCAGCUCCUCCUCUCGCCCCUUGGCUCGCCAUACCAAGUCAACCACCACCAGAGGGCGCCCUGCUGGUGCUGCCCACAGGUCCACUCGCUCCCUUUAUCCUGCUUGGCCCCCAGACUCUUCUGGCCUUGGUCCAGUGGCCAAGUGUCAGGCUUCCACCCUGGUCUGCAUGUCUCUGGACCUUCAGGUUGAACCACUAAAAUUUAGCGGGAUUAGGAUCAGUUUGGCACUGAUUCACUGGAAUUUUAGGCUGAGAUGUGUUUAUGCUAUGUCACUAUCGGACCCUGAUAUCUGUGCAAGUUAAAUUGUGUGUAGGACAAUAUGAGUUAAACCAAAAACGCAUUAUCCAAAGUGAUUGAAAAGUACUUAUGUUAUUUUUUGUCUGUUCUUUAAUUCAUGAUAAUUUAAUAUUUAUUUUUUUCCUCACAUUUUUCAUGUCUCUUCUUUAAUGUGUGAGAAUUUAAAUAUGGGACGACUUCCGACUGGAUUGUGGGUACAUUAAUUCUUCGCCAUAACGUGAAUGCGUGGUGAAAUCUGGCCUGUUUCCAUUGCUGCGGAUAAUGUUGAAGAUUUCAUUUUCAUGCAAGAUGGGCUGCCCAUCAUUUUGCUACUGUGGAUGUUGAAUGACUUUGAUAGGGAGAUUGCUGGGUUGUCGGCUUCACGUGAGUGGCCAGUCAGGCGUCCAGACUUAAUAAACACCCGUGACUUUGUUUUUGGUUGUUUAAAUGACGGCCUAUUGGACCACACCAAAAAUUUUGAAAGACCUUGAUGGGCAAUUACAAGAAGAUGUCUUCCAAAUAGACAGAAGUUCAAUCUAUUCAAGGAGGAAACAUCCUACUUCUCAGCAUUAGUGUUUUUUCUUUUUUUUUUUUGCUAUAUUUUAUGUGGCCCUCAUUUUUUCUCUGAUGCAGAUCACCGACCAAUAAAAAAGGAGCCCCGGAAAUGAAACAUUUGCACAAUACUGUAUGCUGUUUUGUAAAUGACCAAAGUUAACAAUUGCACUUACCUGUACUUCUUUUUUUAAUAAAACAUACAAACUGUUCGGUUAAGGCAAUAUUAUAUUACAAUAAUUCGUUACAUUGCUA